AUGACACGACAUGAGACUAAUCGAGACUGGACCAAGACAAAGAGGAAGAAAGAUGGAGAAGCGAAACAUCAGACACCUUUAAGUGUCAAGAUAAUGGAGGAAAAGAGGAGGCUUUUCGCCAUGAAACUGAGAUCCCAUGGAUCCACCCAACUAGACUUCAAGAUCCAAAGGAAGCGCAAAGGAAAAGAAAGAAAUCCCAGAGGCCUCGAAAGGUACUUAGCCACCCGAAUCGAAGAGGCAAACCAAAAACUAGAGCAAAAACUCCCAGCCAUGUCAAUGCGCAAGGCCUCUACAAUUGAGCAACAACACGAAGUUGGAGAAGAGACGACAUAA